GGAUUUACGAGGACACUCGGACAGGAAAUUGUCGUCUGAUUGAUCACGCCACGCAGAUAUUUUACUCGCACUCGCUCACGAUUUACGAUACGUCGCUUCAACCUCGCCCAAAACCAUACGAGAUUGUCCACCCCUUGUUACUUACAGCCUGAUCCCGGCAAAGUCCCUAUUUCCUAUCAAGUACCUACCUCGAUCUCCCACACAAGAUCAAACACAAAUCCUACGAAUUCACUGCACAGCGCUACUCUUCCUACUCUUACAACACAUAUCUGAACGCUUUGUUCUCCAUAUCAGUCUUGUCAUAGAAACCUUCCAGCUCUCCAUCGACAUUCUGAAUCUCACCACUCGCAAACGCUCCAUCUCUCUUCCUAUUCUCGUUCCACAUGUAGGUGCGCAGGCCAAGAUUGAAGCUGAUCUACAAUCACUAUGUCAGCAGUCAUUCGACAUUGCCCGCUGCAUGAAACUUACACUCAAUCCAAAACAGACCAGCAGCCCAGUAAUGGCGGACUCGUACACUGGUGCCUCCGAAGGGAAGAAGAUGUGAGGUCCGAUCAAAUUGCCGACGCCAAAGCACGCAAAUACCGCUGCAUUGACAAAUGAUCUUUUACUGUGACCCGCAAAGUUGGAAGCUGCGAGUGUCCAGCUGAACAAGUUUGUCACGCCGAAGAUGAAUUGCAGCCAAGUGCAGCCCAAAAGCGCCCAUUUGUGGUUUUCGGUCCGAGAGAUGAAGCGGAUGCCGAAGAGCCCCGCGACGUUGGGGAUGUUUGCGGCAAUCGAGAUCCAGAUGACGGUGUUGGCCGUCUUGGUGGCAAUGUAGCCCAAAAUCGGUUCGAUCACAGCGACAAAUGCACCAGUUGGCAUCUGGAGAAGGACUGUCUGGAGCGCAUUGAACCCAAAGCCCUCGAUCAAGGGCGAAGCAAACGCAGAGACGCUGGAGUUGCCUCGUCGAUGUUAGCCAGGGCGACUGAGUCGCAGCAAAGCCACUGUACUUACAGAUACCGUUCGUGAUUUGGAAGGCGCAAAGAAGCCACAGCUUGGGGUCGCGAAGUGCCUCUUUGAUCUGGUAAGGCUUGAUCUUCUUGUCCUUGAUUCCAAUCUUGUUGGUUGAGAUCCGGUGAAUGACGACCAACUUUUGACGACGGGUAAGCCACCGAGUCUCGGUGGGAGUAUUGGGGACGAAAUAGUAAAACACAGCGGCCCAGGCUGUCGUGAUGGCUCCGACGAACUGUUGAUGAUCAGACAAGGCUUCCGACAUGGACCUAGACACUACCACUCACCAAGAAGACGAGUUUCCAAUUUGAGAUGUUGCUGUGGCUAUUUCCGAGCCCGUACGACACGAUCGAAAGGACCACCACGCCACUGCCGAACGAUGACUGCCAGAAACUGUUUCGCACGGGCGUCUCUUCACGCUUGUAAAAUGAGGAGGUGAUGACCAUCAUGGUGGGCGUGAUGCCGACUUCCAGGCAACCUGGCACUAGUUUAGCUGAUAUGUCUCGCGUCUCGCGGUGACAACGACGUUGUUUUGCUUACCGAGAAGGAAACGGAGAACGGCAAAGCCUGCAAAGGAAUUGGCAACGCAACACAUGAAGGUCAGAACACCCCAAAGGAGGAUCAAGACAGUUGUAUAGGUCGCCACCGGGAGUUUCUGGAGAAGAAGGGUCGAAGGGUACGCCCACUAUAAGACAAGCCAAAGUAGUAGAUGCUAGCUAACCAGUUAUAGUCGCCCGGAGUCAUGCCCUAGGCCAACGGUUAGUUGUUGCCCGUGGACAUUAGAAUGGAACUCCUGUACAGUAUCCUCAAGGAUGCCGUAUGCAUACGCAUAUCCAAGCACAGCAUUGUCCAAGAACUGAAGAGCAUAUGUAAUGCAGAUUAUGGGCAUCAAGAUCCAGUCACAUCGAUGCCGAACAGCGGUGCUCUCUGCAUCAAGCUCCUCGACGGGAAUAGUUCGCAUCUCCUCGAACCAACCCAGAGCUAUGUCGACACCUUCUGGCACAACCUGCUCUAUACUUACUUGGUCAGACGCCGUAUUGGAAACAUCGGUGGCAGCAGCCUUUGCUUCUACGUUCUCGGGUUUUUCGGACAUGUUGAAGAGAGUCGAGGCGAGGAACGUGAACGGCUGUUGCAAGAAUGAUGAGUCAAGUCCGACCUGUGUCCGUAGGGUCAGGAGAGAUGAGUGGUCAUCUGUAGCUUUAUAGAUCGCACCUCGCACUGCCCAUGAGCUCUCGUUGACCGUCAGUCUUAUCUCGGCGACAUCUGAACAGCUUUUUGAUACCCCAGACGCUCCGAUUGAUAAGCCGUGUCACACGGCGCUAGAGAACGCUAGAAAGCCAGAAGUUCAACGAUAUCAGGUCCAAGCGACCUCUCCUAUCUUUCGAGGCUGUUAACGAGUAUGUGGCUUUCGGCUUGCGCUUUGUCAAUAGACGAUCUUUGAUUUGAGCCCGCUCGAAGGGUUGGCCCCGGGCAGGUAUCCGUAGAGCUUCCCCGGAAAGACAGUGGGCAUGGAAGGUCGAAAGUGGCAAGAAGGCUUCUGUCUGGAUUCCAUUCGGGAGUGUGGAAAUGGAGCAUCAAGCACAGAUCAUGGGUUUCUUCGCAGUGGAUGAUUUAGUGGGCGGCCGAGGAUGCUCUGUGGAGCUGUUUUCAUGCAAAGGGACCAAGAAAGCAGAAGUUUCGAAGGCUUCGAUUUUGGACGGCUCGCUAGGAUGGAUUGGGUUCCGCCAACACGGUUGACGGCAUCUCAAGCGCAAAAGGACCGUUUGAAGGUACAACCGAGCUGGUGACCCUCUUAUCAUGAGGCGUCUUCGGAGUUGAUCGAGGCAUCCUUGGGAGGUUUCGGAUGCUAGGCAUCCACGCGACACCCUUCUGGAACCGUCAGGUCCCUUACCAGGUAGCAAACACGACGAAUAGUUUGGGGAGGAUGACUCUACCUGUGUGCCCGCUGUAGGAUCCGUAACAAGAGCGAGCCCCUUGUACGUGCCUCGAAGCGACGAGCACUCACAGAUUUCCUUGGUAAGUGCUCCAAACAGCAGUCAAAAGGUAACAAAAUUUGCUUGCGCUCUUCACGAUGCUGGAAAUCUAUUGCAGUGGGAGCUCUUUUGAGGUCAGUGAUAUGUUUAAAACGGACUUAUGAUUGCAGACCUCAGUCUAAUCACCAUGGCCUCAACAUACAGAUCGGUCUUGAACAUGGCACAAACGCAAAGCCUCAAAUCCAGAGCACCAUCGCAUUCUAUACAGACCUAUUCCUGCGAAAGUGCAACUUGACCUGGCAGGCGGCGUGCAAUGAAGCUGAUAAGUUCACACCGCAUAUCCACGAGCGAUACCCUCAUCUUGAGAAUGAGAUGCAGGGGAUCGCAAAAGGUGCAGGCCUUGGGUACAAUGAAAUUCUAGCGUUGAAUGUCAGAUCGGAGCUGUUCUUUGGUGCUGCGCUGGACGGGUGUACGAGUCUAUCAUGGAAGACUGGCAAGGCGUCAUUUGUGGCACAAAACUGGGAUUGGAUGAAAGAACAGAAGGAGAAUCUUGUUCUUCUGAAAAUCGAUCAAGUCGGACAGCCUUCAAUCCAGAUGCUCACUGAGGCAGGCAUGAUUGGCAAGAUAGGCCUCAACUCAGCAGGUCUAGGGCUUUGCGUCAAUGCGAUACGGUGUGCUGGUAGUGAUCCCACACGUACUCCUAUCCACAUCAUGUGGCGUGUCGUCUUGGGAUGUACCUCGAUCAGCUCCGCUCUUGAAGCGAUCGACGCCACUGGAUGCGCGAGCGCCUGCAAUAUGCUAAUUGCCGAUCCAUCAGGCAGCAUAGGGGUGGAAGUAACGCAUCAAACGAUUCUCAAACUCGAGCCAGAUUCGGAGGGACGAAUCUUCCACAGUAAUCAUAUGCUGGAGAAACACCCGGGGACAGAGAUGCUGUGGGUCGAAGACAGCCUGAGUCGCGUUGCUAGAAUUCGGGAACUGGCUACGCAAAUAUCUGGUGAUGUCACUAAAGAGUCGAUUCAGGCUUUACUUUGCGACGAAGACAAUUACCCAUGCUCUAUCAACAGAGCUCAAACGGGCGAAAGUGAUACUGCAAGUGUGUUCAGCAUCAGUAUGAAUCUGACGACAGUUGAAGCCAGGGUGCUGUUGGGAAGACCGAGUGACCCCGAGAAGAUUUUUCUGCUUCGACCAAAACAAAAGCACAGGGUAUAAACCUUUUCCAUAUGUCGUGUC